AUGUCGAAUCAAAAUCAAACCGUCUACUUCGUGACGGGGACGACGCAGGGCAUAGGCUUUGAGUUCGUGCGCCAGCUCCGCGACCGGCCUGGAGCCAUCGUCUUCGCGACCUCCCGAAACCCCGACUCGGCAAAGUUAAAGGCCCUGACCGAUAAAGGCAACGUGCAUCUCGUCAAGAUCACCAAGCAGCCCGAGGCCGUGGAGGAGGCGCUCCAGGCCGCGGAGCUGGUCAGGAAAGUCGCGGGCAAAGUGGACGUCGUGAUUGCCAACGCGGGCAUCAUCGGCCACGAAACCAGCAUCGCCGACUCGCCCAUGUCGGAAUACCAGCGCUUUCUCGACGUCAACCUGCUCAACAACGUGGCCCUCUUCAAGGCGCUGCGCCCUUUGAUGCUCGAGAGUGUGGCACAAGGCGGCACGCCCAAAUUCGUGGCCAUCAGCACGCAGUACGGCUCGUUGGGCAUGGUGGAGGACUUACCCGGUCAAUCGUCCGCGUAUGCCAUCUCCAAGGCCGCGCUGAACAUGUUCCUAAGGCAUGUCGCGUAUGAGGAGCGCAAGAACGGGAUCGUGGCGUUCCCCAUGCACCCGGGGGUCGUGGCCACGGAGACGGUCGAGCCCCUCGCCAAACGGAUCGGGCUGGGCACCAUCCCGCCUGCGGAGAGUAUUGAGGGGAUGAUGAGGAUUGUGGAUGGGGCUAAGGUCGAGGAUGAGGUGCGGUUGUGGCGAUAUGAUGGGGUGGUGUUGCCUUGGUGA